AUGUCAACAGACGGCCUCGCUCCAGCGGGGAGCAGCUCAUACCAUUCCAAUACCCUCAAUGUCGGCGAUGGCACGUGGGACAAGAGCCGCAACGAUUUUCUCCUUCCCAACCUUCAAGGGUUGAACUUCGCGACAACACGCUACAAUGGGAUGGGCAAUCGCUUCAAAGGCGAACCACAAUAUCACACCCUCGUCCUCGGGCACAGCGUAGUGGCGGCAAUCACCUUCCUAUUCAUCCUACCUCUCGCGUUAUUCCUGGCAAAAUACGGGCACGAUUGGCCCGGGGGAAGAGUGAGCUUCAAACUACACAUCUACCUGCAAAUCAUCACCGUCUUUCUGUCCACCGUGGUCCUGGUCCUCGGCUGGUUCGCAGUGGGACCUGCACGGAGUCUGACGAAUCCGCAUCAUGGCAUCGGCGUUGCCAUUUACGUCUUGAUUCUAUUCCAAUUUCUUUACGGCUCAUGCUGGUUCCGCAGGGAGAGGAGGAGAGUCGGCGCGCCCAGCAAGCUACCACUCACCGUAUGGCUGCACCGAUUGCUUGGCCGCUCGACAGCCCUCCUCGGUAUCGUCGAAGUCGCGCUCGGCCUGGAUUUAUAUGGCAGUCCGAAAUACCUCUUCAUCCUCUACUCGCUGUGGGGAGCAUUUCUACUGCUCCUAUAUUUGGCGCUCGACUAUUAUUACAUGCCGCGAUACGACGGGACGAGACCAGGUCGUCCUCCGCCAGAGCAGUAUUCAGAUUACGGCAGCAGUUAUGUGACAAACCAGGGCCGGCGUCCGCCACGAAAGGAUGAACAUCACUGGGGUCGGGAUGCUCUGGCUGCAGUGGGCCUUGUCGGCGCGUACGAAUGGUAUAAAACGCGAAGAGACCGCAGAAGACAAGAGCGGGACGAGAAGUAUGGAGAUGUUGCCGACGGUGGAUUCGCCCCUUCCUCGGCCCCGCCUGGACCGCCGGGUCAGCAGCCAUACGGAGCGCCAGGGGACAGUAUGGUUGGUGCUGGGGCGAGAAGGCCACAGAGCCGCAUUUCGAGAGACUCAUGGGAAGAUGACAAGUACCAUCGGCAGCAGCAGAACCACACCUGGCGUGAUCGGUUUUUGGAGGCCACCGGUGCUUUUGCGGCGUACGAGGGAGUGAGACAUUUCAUCAACAAACGUAGAGGGCGGGAAGACGAUUACUCGGAGGAUGGCGGGUAUGGGUCUGCGUUGGGUGGGAAUCGCCCAAUGCCCAGCGAGACAGAUGUGUCUCGAGUCGAGGCCGGACAUGCUCCGCAGUCUCCGGCAACUCCGAGAGUCAACAUGAAUGGCGCCGGGCCGAUGACACCAACAAUGACGCCUUCUCGGCCAGGCGCUACGAUUGGUAAUGCGGCAGUGCUGGGUGCUGAUUCAGUGUCAAACGACAGCCGGUACGGCGGCGGAAGACCGCAUCCCAUACUUGAACCAGGAGCACCUCUCGGCGAACACAUUCGAGAAUUGGGGCCCAUCGCUGGCCUUCGGGAAUGGAACAGACAGCGCAAGUCACGGCGAGAUUCCGAUCGCGCGGAUGUAAUUCGACGACAGGAGCUUGAGCACGAGGAGAGCUUCAAUCGGCGGAACUCCAACAACUACCCCCGACCGCAGGACGCCAAUACUCGGAUGAACAGCAACAGCGGCACUCUGCUCACCGGCCCAAACUCGGAUAUGAGUAGAGUCAACACGAGACCGGACACGAGUCAUCCGCCUCUGCCGGCUGGAGCGGGCGCUUAUGCUGCUAAUGCCGGUCCUGGGUACCCCUACCCCCCUCCGCCUCCCGGGCCUCCGCCUACUUCUAUCCGAGCUGAUGGCUACAACGCCCAAUCCGGCUGGGGGUCUGCACAGAUGCCGCAAGGUGCUGUCACUCCGGAUCCGGCAAGACUACUAAGAGACAACACUGCUGCCAACGAGUCGAGUGCCUAUGGCAGAGAUCCACGGAUACGGGAUGAUUUGAUGGGCGCAGCCGCCGCAGGAGCUGUAGGAGCUGUUGCCGCAGGCGCUCUUGCAGAACGCGAACGCCAGCGCCACCGAGCGCAGUCAGAAUCGCCCACUCGAGCGCAAGGCAGCAGAUUCCCACGACCCUCCGCAGCAGCAGCUUCCUACAACAACGUCACAGCGGGCCCCUCUUCCUCCCGACCAAACAACCCCAACAGCCCGCCCGUGAGCGUCCAAGUGCAAAUGCACAACGACGGCCGGCACGUCACCCUCCGCCGCCUCAACGAAGAAGAAGCGGCAGCAAGCCGCGAAUCCCGCCGUCAAGAUCGACAAAACCGUCGCGGCGCAAGUCUCACUUCCCUCGGAGCCGAAGACGCCAGCACACCUCCCCUAGGCGGCCAACGCUACAGACGCAACGGCCCCGUGCGGCGAUCCAGCGACCAGCCCAUCACCAACGUCCCGCCUCCCCCACCCAUGGCGAGCGCCACGUCCUUCAGGCGCGCAUCCGAAGUGAACCUCCCCGCUCCACCGGCGAUACAGCAAUACCCGGCACAGCAAUCUUCCCCCUUCUCGAAUCAGGGGCUGAGCUCGCCGCCUUAUCCUCCCGUUGGCGGGAGUGGACUGGGGGGCGGAGGGUAUGGGACUGAUCAGGGGACGGAUAUCAGUGCUUUUGAGAGUAAUCGCCGAAGACGCAGGGCUGAGCGGGCGAGGAGGCAGGAGGCGGAGGCUGCGAGGGGAGUGGGAGAGAGGGGAGCGGAGUUUAGUUGA